GGGCUCAGAGUUGCACUGAGUGUGGCUGAAGCAGCGAGGCGGGAGUGGAGGUGCGCGGACUCAGGCAGGCAGACAGACACAGCCAGCCAGCCAGGACGGCAAUAUAGUCCGAACUGCAAAUCUUAUUUUCUUUUCCACCUUCUCUCCAACUGCCCAGAGCUAGCGCCUGUGGCUCCCGGGCUGGUGUUACGAGGAGUGCCCAGAGAGCCUGGUCUCCAGCCGCCCCCAGGAGGAGAGCCCUGCUGCCCAGGCGCUGUUGACAGCGGUGGCGAGCAGCGGUACCCACGCGCCCGCCGGGGGAAGUCGGCGAGCGACUGCAGCAGCAAAGAACUUUCUCGGCCCGGAGGACCGGAGACAACUGGCCCAGAGUCCCGGAGCGAACUUUUGCAAGCCUUUCCUGCGUCUUAGGCUAUUCGGCGGCGGUAAAGACCAGGAGGCGGCGGACAGCCACGCAAAAGAAGAAGGACGUGCGCUCAGCUUCUCUCGCACCGGUUGCUGAACUUGGGCGAGCGCGAGCCGCGGCUGCCGGGCGCCCCCUCCCCCUCGCAGCGGAGGAGGGGACAAGUCGUCGGAGUCUGGGCGGCCGAGACCCGCCGCUGGUCGGCCUCUGCGGGUCGGCACUGAUCCGCGCCGCCGGGAGAGCCGCUGCUCUGGGAAGCGAGUUCGCCCGCGGACUCCAAGGAACGGCGGCGCCCGAAGAGCGCUCAGUGAGUGACCGCGACUUUUCAAAGCCGGGUAGCGCGCGCGCGAGUCGACAAGUAAGAGUGCGGGAGGCAUCUUAAUUAACCCUGCGCUCCCUGGAGCGAGCUGGUGAGGAGGGCGCAGCGGGGACGACAACCAGCGGGUGCGCGCGCUCUUAGAGAAACUUUCCCUGCCAAAGGCCCCGGGGGGCACGGGUGUCCCCCGCUUGCCAGAGCGCUGUUGCGGCCCCGAAACUUCAGCACGCAGCCCAAACUAACCUCACGUGAAGUGACGGACUGUUCUAUGACUGCAAAGAUGGAAACGACCUUCUAUGAUGAUGCCCUCAACGCCUCGUUCCUCCCGUCCGAGAGCGGAGCUUAUGGCUACAGUAACCCCAAGAUCCUGAAACAGAGCAUGACCCUGAACCUGGCCGACCCAGUGGGGAGCCUGAAGCCGCACCUCCGCGCCAAGAACUCGGACCUCCUCACCUCGCCCGACGUGGGGCUGCUCAAGCUGGCGUCGCCCGAGCUGGAGCGCCUGAUAAUCCAGUCCAGCAACGGGCACAUCACCACCACGCCGACCCCCACCCAGUUCCUGUGCCCCAAGAACGUGACAGACGAGCAGGAGGGCUUCGCCGAGGGCUUCGUGCGCGCCCUGGCCGAACUGCACAGCCAGAACACGCUGCCCAGCGUCACGUCAGCGGCGCAGCCGGUCAGCGGGGCGGGCAUGGUAGCUCCAGCGGUAGCCUCGGUGGCAGGGGGCAGCGGCAGCGGAGGCUUCAGCGCCAGCCUGCACAGCGAGCCGCCCGUCUACGCCAACCUCAGCAACUUCAACCCAGGCGCGCUGAGCAGCGGCGGCGGGGCGCCCUCCUACGGCGCGGCCGGCCUGGCCUUUCCCGCGCAACCCCAGCAGCAGCAGCCGCCGCCGCAGCCGCCGCACCACCUGCCCCAGCAGAUGCCCGUGCAGCACCCGCGGCUGCAAGCCCUGAAGGAGGAGCCUCAGACAGUGCCCGAGAUGCCUGGCGAGACGCCGCCCCUGUCCCCCAUUGACAUGGAGUCCCAGGAGCGGAUCAAGGCGGAGAGGAAGCGUAUGAGGAACCGCAUUGCUGCCUCCAAGUGCCGAAAAAGGAAGCUGGAGAGAAUCGCCCGGCUGGAGGAAAAAGUGAAAACCUUGAAAGCUCAGAACUCGGAGCUGGCGUCCACGGCCAACAUGCUCAGGGAACAGGUGGCACAGCUUAAACAGAAAGUCAUGAACCACGUUAACAGUGGGUGCCAACUCAUGCUAACGCAGCAGUUGCAAACAUUUUGAAGAGAGACUGUUGGGGGCUGAGGGGCAACGGAGAAAAAAAAUAACACAGAGAGACAGACUUGAGAACUUGACAAGUUGCGACGGAGAGAAAAAAGAAGUGUCCGAGAACUAAAGCCAAGGGUAUCCAAGUUGGACUGGGUUGCGUCCUGACGGCGCCCCCAGUGUGCACGAGUGGGAAGGACUUGGCGCGCCCUCCCUUGGCGUGGAGCCAGGGAGCGGCCGCCUGCGGGCUGCCCCGCUUUGCGGACGGGCUGUCCCCGCGCGGACGGAACGUUGGACUUUUCGUUAACAUUGACCAAGAACUGCAUGGACCUAACAUUCGAUCUCA